CCCUCGAAACCCUAUUCCUCAUCGUCGCCGCCGCCUCUAAUUGAUUACAACCAUCUCUUCACCCCCAAACCCUUUCGCCUAUCGACUCCAAAAUUCUCCCGCCCUUCUCCGAGGUGUUCGCCUCACGAUCGUUCGGUGAUGUCGAGCGCACUGGAUAUGUCCCUCGACGACAUCAUUAAGAACAACAAACAAUCGGCGCCCGGGGGGCGUGGACGGGGCCGUGGCUCCGGUGCCGGCCCCGCCCGCCGCGUCCCUAACAGAUCGGCGAACCGAUCCGCCCCUUACUCUGUCGGGAAGGCUCCGGACUCGGCGUGGCAGCAUGACAUGUUCGCGGCUCAGAUGGGCGGUGUUCCUGCUCCAGCGGCUAGGGCGUCUUCCAUAGAGACCGGCACCAAGCUGUAUAUUUCGAACUUGGAAUAUGGGGUUUCGAACGAGGACAUCAAGGAGCUUUUUUCAGAGGUGGGUGAUCUGAAGCGCUAUUCAAUAAAUUAUGAUAGAAGCGGAAGAUCUAAGGGAACGGCUGAAGUGGUAUUUGCAAGGCGGGCCGAUGCUUUAGCUGCUGUAAAGAGAUACAACAAUGUGCUGCUUGAUGGAAAGCCAAUGAAAAUAGAAAUUAUUGGAAUGAAUAUCUCAACACCAGCUGCUGUGCCUCAGUUAUCUAAUGGCACUUUUGGGAAUUCUAAUGGUGCUUCCAAAAGCACUGGGCCAGGAAGGGGUUCUGCAGGAUGGCCACGAAGUGGUGGCCGUGGAAGGGGGAGGGACCGUGGACGAGGUAGAGGUCGUGGUGAACCAGUAUCUGCUGCAGCACUUGAUGCUGAGUUGGACAAAUACCAUGCAGAAGCAAUGCAAACCAACUGAGUGGUCCUAAUAGGCUUCUUUAGUUUAUAAUUGUUGCUUGCUUGCGUGAUAGGGCUUGCUAGUUUAUUGUUCCGUAAACACGCAUAAUGUAGGAAGGGAAGAUGAUACUGUUAAAGUACCGACUGGGUUUGAGGGCUUUCAUUUUCUUACUAUUAUCGCACUUGAUUUCAACGUGCUACUGGAUUAAAGUGAA